AUGGCCACCAACAGCUCGACACCUCCAGCAGGCACACGAUACAUGCACAAGUCGCAGACGCGGUCCCGCCACGCCAUCCUAAUACCGAUGCCCUUGAACACGUUGCUCCAUUCCGAUAAGCAUCUCAAGUACCAUUUCCACAGCAUUGGGGGCGACUUUAUCCGGCUUUCGUCCUACCGCAGGUUCAAACAGUUGUUCCAGCUAGGCGGCGGAUCCCUAAUCAAGGCCAUUGUGUUUGACUUGUCGACUUUUCUCAAGCAGGAGUUGAACGAUGAAAAGAGCGGUGUUCAUUCGCAGUUGAAGAACUACUUAACGAGCAAUAACACCAUAUUGCAAACGCGUGAGCGCGAGUGGUGCUUGUGCGAUCACCAGUUUGGAUUGCGCAACUGGCUCUAUAUCAUCUUUGGCUAUAUGUUGCAGAACUACAAAGAGGAGGAAGUGGGGCAGUGUCUCGAUGAUAUCAUCAAGGUUUAUUUGAAUGCCAGAAAGAACCGCAUGUCCCCCGAUGACGUCAAGAUCAUCCGCGACGAGCGAGAUAACUAUACCUUGGCCCAGUUCCAGCUGUACAUUGACAAGGUUGAAAUCCGAGAGGAUUUGCUCUUUGGCGAUAAUCACGAGAAUCAAUGGGUCUCGUUCUCCGAAGCUAACAAUCAGAGAAUCUACUUGCCUCCCUUGCCACGAUUGCACGAUCACGAGCUAUUAGUCAAGGCAUUGAUGCAUAAGGAGUAUUAUCGAUUAUUGUUGGACUCGAAUCAUGAGUUUGCGCGCGCGAUGCAGGCUCAGAAUUACGACUUGUCCUUUGGCGAGUACGGGUUGAUUAGAAAAGAGCUUUCAUUUCUAGACGGCUUGGGCGAUUUCUUUCUAGCUCAAGAGACAUCGCGUGUGAUUUACGACUUAUGCAUCAACAACAACAACAACAACAACAAUAAUAACAGUGGUGAUGAUAGCGAUUGCAUGUCCAGGACAAGUUCAUCCGAUUCUGCUAAAAACGUCAAUUCCACCAUCUACAACUUGCUCAAGAUGAUCCUCGCGACCAACACCUUGAUGUCAAAGUUGACCAAAUGCUACAAUCUACACCAAGGCAUCGACGACGCGAUAAUCAACCAACGCGUAGCGGACGAGUACUUGACAUUCACACUCAAGGGCGAAUUAAGAGACGAUAAGGACGUCAAUGAGGCGAGAAUAUACGAAGAGGAGUUCUUGGGCGAUUUCUUUGAAAGCUAUAUGGCGGCUCUACUAAUUGAGCAGCCGAAAGUCGCCAAGAGUUUCAUUCGACUGAUUUAUACGCGAUUGUUGCAUGUCAUAACGGAGACUUUGCCCCCGGAUGUCACGUAUCAGCAUUGGACUACUACCAUCUUGGGAAGAAACAUAUAUUGCAAAAAGGACGAAGCGGUGAUUUGA